AUGUCUAUACUUGCCCAUCUUGUCAGCUACUUUGGCCUGUGGGCCUUGGGAAACCAACGAGGUAUCGCCGACGACAAGGCAAAAACACACGCAAACCUCCCUAGUCUAAAACUACCCUGGGGUACCUAUCAAGCAGAAGUGCUUUUAGGGGAUACGAAUCCGCAGCGAUUCAGUGCCCCAUCGUUUCCUUCUUGGACAAAUGCAUCCGCCCAACCCGUUAAAGAUGGCAGAAACUGUAUCCAAAUUGACCCCACUGCUCUGAACAGGCCUCCUGGCGGUGAAUCCCCUGUCGACGACCCAGCGGACCAAAUUGGCAGGCAAGAUGAAGACUGCUUAUUCCUGGACCUCUACGUCCCAAAAUCUGCCUUUGAGGAACAAACCAAGCCGAUGCCGGUUAUUGUAUGGCUUUAUGGAGGCGCUUUUGCUUUCGGAAGUAAGAAUCAGUUUGGGCCACUGUACACAGGUCAGUCUAUCGUGAGCGCCAGUCGGUACCAGACAAUCUUCGUGGCUGGAAAUUACCGCCUCGGGGCUUUCGGCUGGCUCGCGGGUAACUACUUGCAGAGGAACGGACAACCUAAUGCUGGGCUCUACGACCAGGCUUUACUGUUUGAAUGGAUACAGAAAUAUGUUGGAAGCGUUGGCGGUGAUAGCACCUCGGUCACUGCCUGGGGAGAGUCGGCCGGUGCUGGCUCUAUCUUGCACCAUCUCGUCCGUGAGGACGGUAGCAAGGACCCUACCUUCAAGACCUUCGCCGUGCAGAGCCCAGCGUUCGAAUGGGCCUGGGACAAUGCGCCUGACGGUAUGCUGGAUCGCGUCUAUCAGAACUUCUCCCAGCUAGCGGGCUGUGGCCUCUCCUACAAUAUCGACUGCCUCAGGACGUCUAAGAAUCUCACGGCCGCCAAUCAGAAACUGUUUGAGACCGUGAAGCAGACAGGGUUGUUUCCUGUGGGUCCAGCUGUAGACGGUAAAUGGGUUACGAGAAUUCCCACCCUGUCUUUUGCAAGUGGCAAAUAUUGGAAAACGAAUAUCAACGCUGCAAUAGUUUCACACUGUCAAAACGAGCCCGAGUCUUUCAUCCCGUCAUAUUUUACAUCCGAGAAAACAUUUGUCGACUUUUUGACGGUGUUCCUACCAGGAGCCAAGCCAGCAGCCCAGAGAGACAAAAUUUUCCAGCGGUAUAAUUGUGAAAGCAGGUUUCAAGGAAACUACCGAGACUGUGUCGCCACCGUCAUUCGCGACGCCUCUUUCACUUGCAACACUCGAGACUUAUUUACUGCUUUUCCCAAUCAGACACAUGCCAUGAGCUACGGCUUUCCCUUUUCACGUUAUGCCCGUCAUGCGAGCGACCUCGUUCCUCUUUUUGUUAAUAAUCAGAGUGAAGCUGUGGAACUACUGAAGAAGGUUGCGUCUUUGUCGGAUUGCCUUGCCGAAGAAUACGCCAAUUCACUGGUGAAUACAAAUGUCUCCAAGGCCUAUCAGACCUAUUUCGCAUCCUUCGCGCUGUCUAGUGGCGAUCCCAAUACUCUACCGCAACCACAGCUCCCCAAUUCCCCCGCUCCCAAGUGGACUGUAGCAAAUGGAUCGCUUGACUCCCUCACAAACGUUCUCAACGUACAGAUCCCUUUUACACAGCCCGCUUUCGUGGUAGACCGACCCGACUACCAAAACACGAAGAGCGCCUGUGUAUUUUGGACCAACCUGGCCCAGGAGAUUGUUGCCAAUGCAGAGACUCUGUCUACAGAGCCGAAUAUAAGACAGGUCUCAAACUGGGGGAACGAGUGGAGCGCUAUCUACCAUGUACCCGUAUAUUUGACUAUUCCCACCUGCGUUGGAUUUGAGGCCAGGGACUGCAGUAUUCCCGGAACAGUCAUUGUGACGCAAACACCUGCUGGCACCAUCACACAAACAACGACCGGCGACGUUGCAGGCACCUCAACGAUUCCUGGGGGCGGAACAACUUCGGGCACAGUCAUCGUAACCAGUAUACCUCUACCGACCUAUAGUUGUGAUGACAGCGGUUACAUGAUUCAAGAUCAAACCCUCUUCCGUAUCAAUUUGACCACUGGAUUCCAAACUGUUGUCAAUGCGCCCGUCGGAACAGGUCCAGUCAAUGCUGUUGGAUAUAACGUACUCGACAACUACAUCUAUGGCAUUGCUAACAACAGCGGAGUCAACCAGAUUAUACGUAUUGGUUCCAAUGGAGAUUAUGCGAUCUUGCCUAUAAUGCUUCCUGCCGGUACUUGGAAUGUUGGAGAUAUUGACGCACAAGGAGGAUUUUUUGUCUCUCAAUCUGGAAAGGCUUGGAUUGAAAUCGACCUAAACCCAAGCUCGGCUGAUUUUGGUGCAAUAGUAACCGCCGGCGACUCUACAGCUUCAUUGCCCGCCAACAAUAAAGCUGGGGUUUCGGAUUGGGUCUAUGUGCCCUCUGCAGGGCCAUACCUCUAUUCUAUAGCAAGUACACAGGUAAUUAAUGGAAUAUUGAACAUACCUUUUGAUAGUCAUUUCGUCGUACUAGAGCGACAAGCUCCAUGUCUUGCACCAUGA